AUGCCACCACCGACCCCAAGUGAAAACAUCGCCAGUCCUGGUGUCACCCUUGCUACCAGUGAAACCAUAACUAGUCCUGGGAAUGGAAGUACCACUCCUGAUAUAAGACCCACAACAACAGCCACCACCUCUGACACCACAGGGACAAUAACUACUGCAGAGAGUUUUCCCCACAUUGAAAAUGCCACCACUGCCCCAAAUGAAAACAUCACCAGUCCUGGUCUCACCUUUACUACCAGUGAAACCAUAACCAGUACUGGGAAUGGGAGUACGACUCCUGAUGUAAGACCCACAACAACAGCCACCACCUCUGACACUACAGGGACAAUAACUACCGCAGGCAAUUGUGGGAGAGCCCCUCUGAACAGAUGGAUUUUGGGUGGAGAGGGCGACCCUUCUGGCAAUUGGCCCUGGCAGGUUAGUAUCCAUAUUGAAAAUGGCAACACAGGACAACACACCUGUCGAGGGACUCUGAUCAACAACCAGUGGGUGCUAACUGCUGCCCACUGCGUUGAAAGACGUGAUCCCACCUUGUACACUGUUUACCUGGGAAGGCAGACCCAGAAUAUCACUGCCAACCCUAAUGAAGUCAAGCGUUCUGUCCAGUCAGUCGUCACUCAUCCUGACUUCACCACGUUGUACGAUGCUGGUAAUGACAUUGCUCUAAUAAAGCUGAGGGAGCCGGUGACUUUCACAGAGUAUAUCAGACCCGUCUGCCUGCAGUCCAACAUGAGCACUUUCCACAACGGCACCACCUGCUGGGCUACUGGCUAG